AUGCGCCAACUAACCAAUCUGCCACCUCUGUUGGCGGCUUUAACCCUAUCAUGGACAGCGACAAGCGCCUACAAGUAUCAUAGCAACUACUCAAGCGCUGAACUCUCGCCCAGCUACUUCUCCAUCUACGGCGACCGGCCCGAUGGAUGCCCCCCCUGCUUCAACUGCAACCUCGAAGACUUCCAGUGCCACCAGUACGCCCCUUGCACUAAGGCCAACGGCAAAUGCAACUGUCCGCCUGGCUUCGGCGGUGAGGAUUGUUCGGACCCAGUAUGCGGUUCGCUAGCAGAGGGGCGAGACAGGACGCCGAGGAAGGACAAAUAUUGCGAGUGCAAUGAAGGAUGGGAAGGCAUCAACUGCAACGUGUGCAAGACGAACGACGCAUGUAAUGCGCUGAUGCCGGAAGGCGAGGGAGGGGUGUGCUAUAGGGAGGGCGCGGUGGUCAAGGAGAACUACCAGAUGUGCGACAUCACGAACAGGAAGAUAUUGGAUCAGUUAAAGGAGCAGAAGCCGCAGGCGACAUUUUCGUGUAACGCGGAGACGGAGAAAUGUAACUUUCAGUUUUGGGUUGAUCAGAAAGAGUCGUUCUAUUGCGACCUCGAUACCUGCUCCUCGAACCUCGUCAUCGAAUCAAACCGCAACACCACGAAGUACAGCUGCGACCACAUCAAAUGCCGAUGUAUACCAGGACGGAUGCUUUGCGGCGAAGAAGGGUCUAUUGACAUCGGCGACUUCCUGGACCAGGAGAUCAAAGGGCCGGCCUCGUUUACAUCCAUAUCAACGGAGGGUGGCAGUUCUCAAGAUGGAAGCAAGUUCUCUGAGCCUGCCAUGAACGAUCUCAUUUCGCAAGUGUUUGGCGACGAGAGCAUUACAUUAAACUGCCAUUCCGGAGAAUGCUUGUACAAGACCGAUGUUCCUGGCUACGAGAGGCCAGUCAAGAAGAUCAAUACCCCGCUGAUCGCAGGUGUUAUCGCGGGCUGCGCUUUGUUUGUGGUUGCGGUCAUUCUGGUGGUGUGGUAUCUGUCAAGAAGAGCUGCCACGAAGCGCUGGGGAGCGAUUCAUCUUUCAGAUGACGAGGAAGACGAAAACGCGAAGCUGAUGGCAGAUCAUAAGCCGGCAGCGCUAUACUUCGAGAAUGUAUCCUACAACCUUGGUGGCAAGCAGAUACUGUCUGGAAUCCAAGGCGCCGUGCAUCCAGGCGAGCUUCUGGCUAUCAUGGGUGCUUCAGGCGCAGGCAAGACGACUUUCCUCGACAUUCUCGCUCGGAAGAACAAGCGUGGCUAUGUGCAAGGAGAAUUCUACGUCAAUGGCGAAAGAGUCCUUGACGAGGAAUUCCGCAGUGUUAUUGGAUUUGUGGACCAGGAGGAUACCAUGCUACCUACACUGACGGUGCACGAGACUAUACUCGAUUCGGCUAUGUUACGGUUACCGAAGGAGAUGAGUCUCGCCGCAAAAGAGCAGAAGGUGGAAGACGUCGAGAAGCAGCUUGGCAUCUACCACAUUCGCCACCAACAGAUCGGUUCGGAAGAGGGUAGCGGACGGGGCAUCUCCGGCGGCGAAAAGCGGCGAGUAGGAAUCGCCUGCGAGCUUGUCACCAGCCCAAGUAUACUAUUCCUAGACGAACCGACAAGCGGCCUUGAUGCCUUCAAUGCCUUCAAUGUGGUCGAGUGUCUUGUCACCCUAGUCAAGAACUACAACAGGACCGUAAUCUUCACGAUUCAUCAGCCCCGAUCCAACAUCGUUGCACUUUUCGACCAGCUGAUCCUUCUUGCUCGAGGACGAACCGUCUACUCAGGACCAUUCUCCAGCUGUCAGGCUUACUUCGACCACAUCGGCUAUGCCUGCCCCCCGGGCUUCAACAUUGCAGAUUAUCUCGUCGACUUGACCAUGCACGCUGGUACCGCUCACGCACCCAUCGACGAUAGUGUUCUCUUCUCUCACGAAGACGGCCUCAAAACCCGCGCGAGCAGCGCAGUCGCCAUCAAGUCCAUCCCGAGCAUCAUCUCGAGCAUCAGCGUCGGCGCUGGUAGUUACGGUAGCCCCAGUGAUAGUAGCCUACGGCCCAAGAACAAACGAAGAACAUCGGUUCGUCAACAGCAAGAGAGGCACCUUUUCACCCGCAAGAAGAGCAUUGGCGCAGCAGAGGCUGUCCCCGGAACGCCUAAGACCGAUGACGAGACUACGAGUAUCCCCGAUUCGCAGCGCGACAGCCAACAGCAAUGGCUCAGAUUACAGAAGCAGGCCGGCCAACCACCGCCGCAAAUCCUAGAUGAUCCGGAUCAGCUGCCCCCGCCCGCAAACGGCGGCACAGGCACCGACCUCGACACCCUCGUCUCCAGCUACGCCUCCUCCGACGUCGCGAGCUCCCUCCAAGAAGACAUCAAAGCCGCCGUCAGCAACGCCGACACCUCCAACGGCCACCCCAACGGCUCCGCCUCCGGCCCCGCAACCAGCGGGAAGGUAAAGGGGUACCGCAAAGUCGGCUUUGCGGGCCAGUUCCGGAUCCUCUCGAUCCGCACCUGGCGGAACCUGUACCGCAACCCGAUGCUGAUGCUCACGCACUACGCCAUUGCGAUCGUGCUGGCUGUGUUUCUGGGAUUCCUGUUCUAUGGCCUCACGGACGACAUCAAGGGCUUCCAGAACAGGCUUGGCUUAUUCUUCUUCCUGCUUGCGCUGUUUGGCUUCAGCACGCUUACGAGCUUGACGGUGUUUGCGCCUGAGAGAUUGCUCUUUGUGCGCGAGAGGGCCAAGGGGUAUUAUUACCCCAUCAGCUACUACACGGCCAAGGUCAUCUUCGAUAUCGUGCCCCUGCGCAUUAUACCGCCGCUCAUCAUGGGGGUGGUGGUGUACCCGAUGACGGGGCUGAUCCCGGCGUGGCCCGAGUUUCUGAAGUUCAUGCUGUUUUUGGUGCUGUUUAAUCUGGCUGCCGCGGCCAUCAUCUUGUUCAUUGGCAUCGUAUUCAAGAACCAGGGCGUUGCGAAUCUGAUCGCGACGCUCGUGAUGCUGUUUUCGUUGCUCUUCGGGGGUUUCUUGCUCAAUCACGAGAGCAUACCUAAUGUUUUUGGUUGGCUGCAGCCGCUCUCCAUCUUCCACUACGGCUUCGAGGGCCUCAUCGUCAACGAGGUCAAGUACCUGUCCCUCAUCGACCACAAAUACGGCCUCGACAUCGAGGUCCCGGGUUCGGCUAUCCUGAGCAGCUUUGGUUUCAACGUUCUGGCGCUGUGGCGCGAUGCGGUUGGGUUGGCAAUCUUUGCGGGCGUCUUCGUUGUGCUGGCUUAUGUCGCUAUGCAUAUUUUGCUGGUGGAGAGGCGGUAA